GGUUUAUAGAGCGGAGCUGUGAGAGCGACUGACCCAACAGCAGUGAUCCAUUCGGGUGCUAACAACAGCAGAGCCAUGCCCCCGCCUGCAGACAUCGUGAAGGUGGCCAUCGAGUGGCCCGGUGCCAACGCUCAGCUCAUAGAGAUGGACCAGAAAAGACCUUUGUCGUCAAUAAUCCGGGAAGUGUGUGAUGGGUGGUCCCUGUCAGGCUCGGAGCAGUUCGCUCUGCGGUACGCCGACGGCCCUCAGCUCUAUAUCACUGAGCAGAGCCGUGGUGAGAUCAAAAACGGGACCAUCCUUCGAUUAGCGAUUUCUCCCGCUCGUGCCGCCCGUCAGCUCCUGGAGAGGAUCCAGUCCCACGGUAUCGACGCUCGCCUGGAGGCUCUGAAGGAGCUGGCCAAACUGUCUGCUGACCCAACGUUCGCCACGGAGUUCAUCAACAUGGAGGGCAUCGCCACCCUGGCUCGCCUCGUGGAGAGCGGGACUCACUUCGGUGAAAUGCUGGCCUUCACUCUCACCGCCUUCCUGGAGCUGAUGGACCACGGCAUUGUGUCCUGGGACCUUAUCUCCCUCUCCUUCAUCAAACAGAUCGCCGGGUACGUGAACCAGCCCAUGGUGGACGUGUCCAUCCUGCAGCGCUCCCUCGCCAUCCUGGAGAGCAUGGUCCUGAACAGCCACAGCCUGUACCACCGGGUGGCUCAGGAGAUCACCGUGGGACAGCUCAUCGGGCACCUGCAAGUGUCGAACCAGGAGAUCCAAACGUACGCCAUUGCACUCAUCAACGCUCUCUUCCUGAAGGCUCCCGAGGACAGACGGCAGGAGGACUAUGCUAACCCGCUGGAGCAGCACCUCACUGAAAUGGCGAGCACCCUGGCUCAAAAACACCUGCGAUCCAUCAUCCUCAACCACGUCAUAAGAGGAAACCGACCCAUCAAAGCAGAGAUGGCACAUCAGCUCUAUGUUCUGCAGGUGUUGACCUUUAACCUUUUGGAAGAACGAAUGAUGACCAAAAUGGACCCGAACGACCAGGCUCAGAGAGAUAUCAUCUUCGAGUUACGCAGAAUUGCCUUUGACGGAGAAAACGACCCCACCGGCACGGAGAAAAGAAAGGCCAUGUACACCAAGGAUUACAAGAUGCUGGGAUUCACCAACCACGUGAACCCGGCCAUGGACUUCACCCAGACCCCUCCGGGGAUGCUGGCCCUGGACAACAUGCUGUAUCUGGCCAAGGUUCACCAGGACACCUACAUCAGGAUUGUCCUGGAGAACAGCAGCCGGGAGGACAAGCACGAGUGCCCGUUUGGCCGCUGCGCCAUCGAACUCACACGGAUGCUGUGCGAGAUCCUCCAGGUCGGAGAGCUGCCGAACGAAGGCUGCAACGACUAUCACCCGAUGUUCUUCACUCACGACCGGGCGUGGGAGGAGUUCUUCUGCGUCUGCAUCCAGCUGCUUAAUAAAACCUGGAAGGAAAUGAGGGCCACGGCAGAGGACUUCAAUAAGGUGAUGCAGGUGGUCCGCGAGCAGAUCACCAGGGCUCUGGCGAUGAAGCCAGCGUCCAUAGACCAGCUGAAGAACAAACUGCGAGGCCUCAACUAUUCAGAGAUCCUGCGUCUGCGGCAGUCAGAGAGGAUGAGCCAGGAUGACUUCCAGUCUCCACCCAUCAUUGAGCUGCGCGAGAGGAUCCAGCCGGAGAUCUUGGAACUCAUCAAGCAGCAGCGGCUGAACCGGCUGUGCGAGGGAAGCUGCUUCCGGAAACUAGGAAACCGCCGAAGGCAGGAGAAGUUCUGGUUCUGCCGGCUCUCUCUGAAUCACAAAGUGCUGCACUAUGGGGACCUGGAUGAGUCACCUCAGGGUGAAGUGCCUUUCGAGCUGCUCAGUGACAAGAUUCCUGUCUCCGAUAUCAAGUCUGUGGUGACGGGGAAGGACUGCCCUCACAUGAAGGAGAAGAGCGCUCUGAAGCAAAACAAGGAGGUGCUGGAGUUGGCCUUCUCUGUCCUCUACGACCCCGACGAAACUCUCAACUUUGUUGCCCCGAACAAAUACGAGUAUUGCAUCUGGACAGACGGGCUGUGCGCGCUGCUGGGGAGGGAGAUGGUCAGCGACCUGACGCGCAGCGACCUCGACACCCUCAUCAGCAUGGAGAUGAAGCUCCGCCUCCUCGACCUCGAGAACAUCACCAUCCCAGAGGCCCCGCCCCCCGUGCCAAAGGAGCCUAGCUCGUAUAACUUCACCUACAACUACAGCUGAGAUGUGUGUGAGUGUGUGUGUGCGUGCGCGGGUGCGUGUGUGUAUUUGCAUUGCAUGCAUGUGUUUGUGGAGGAUGGGUAUUUCCAUGAGAUCGCUUCAAACGUGUAUUCAAGGAAAAAGGCUCCUUUUGUUUUUUCCCCAACAACAUUUCAGAAAAAACUUUUUUCUCCACUCGUGUUUGUGAUUUUGUGUUGUUGCUGGAUGUGUUGAUAGCUUCACGGAGAGGUCAAAGGUCAGGGUGCAGGAGAAGAGGCUUGUCCUCCAAUCUUAUUUAUCAGUGGCGUCUUGAUUUUUAUCCCCGACUUAAGCGUUGAAAUGAAUAUGAAUGACGGGAUGAAAGAAACAAAUGCUUUAAUUCAUCAGUCGGGUCAUGUGUUGUGGUCUCCAUGGCAACAAAGAAUGAAGCAGACACCGUUACAGUUUUGAUGCUGCGCUGGCUUCAGCACUGCCCGCCUCCCUGCUCGUGUACAGAUGUACAGUACAGCAGCCGGUUUUCAGCCACUCGUCCUGCUCUCCGCUGCAGCCACGUCUCAAAACCGCUGGAAUACCGACCGGCCGCUAACCGGGGGAGUCCACGGACGGAACAGGGGCGAGGCGGAGGGUUCAAGUUACAAAUUUAUGAAUGUUACAUGGGAUAGGAACUUGUGUAGUGGUGUUUAACUGUUGAGCUAUAAAAUGUCUGAAAAUAUCAAAAAUGUCACAAUCAGAAUUAUUUCACAUUUUUGUAAAAACCUGUUUGAUGCAUUCAACACAGCCUUGAAGAAAGGCCGGGAUUCUGAUCAACAUGAGAAUAAGAGGAAAAUCUAUUGAUUGUUUUUAAGAAUCUGGAAUGAUAUAUUAGCUGUUUGUUCACGUUCAUUCAUUCAUCCAGAUAUGUUCUUGAUCACUUGUAGCUGCGGUAUUCAUGUGAGUGUUCAUCUUUCAAGGCUCCUCGUCUCAGAACGAUACAUCUUGAACUGACUAUAUACUCAUCAGCCAUAGCGUUGUGACUGGUAUGGGCACAUGUGUGUGCAGAUGUGUGUUCUGGCUCCUUCAGAUCAGAGCGAGCAUCCACUCCUUCGGCAGUUUGAUCUGCAGAUGGUCUGUCGGCCCUCUGCUCCUCACCUGCCUCACUGACCUUGGACAGUUCUUGACCGUGCCGAAGGCUCACUACUUUUCACUCUUUGGAACAUUUUGGAUAGAUUUAGACCACGGUGCUGCUGGCGAUGCUCUGACCAAGUCGUGUAAUCAUCACGUUAUGGCUCUUUAUCAAACUCGCACAAAUCCUUACUUUUGGCAAUUUUUCCAUGCUUUUAACUUCAAGGACAAAAGGCUCACUUGCUGUCUGAUAUGUCCCACCCUAAGAGCAGGCAUCAAAAAUAGAGUCAGUUGUUCACCCAUUAAUGAUAUGGCUGAUCAGUAUAUCUAUAUAGAUCUCAUUAGUGCAAUAAAACAAUGUGAAAACGUUUACCUUCACCUGUCCCGCUGUAGAAGUCUGUGAGUGUGUGUCCGUCUGUAUCUCUGUUAUGUGCAGAUUUAGAGAUUUUAAUGUAUGUUCAUGCUGAGAGAGCCUGAAAACGAGCUCAACAUGUGCUUGUUGCUGGUUAAAGACGGGGCCAAAGCUCUCACAUUCAACACUUUUGAACACAGAACAACUAAAAACAUGAAUGAUAUGAAGCUUUUUUUAAUCAGUCACUACAUUGCCUUAUCAAUCAUACACUCACUGUGUGUCAUCAGCAUUUACAGGUACGAGACAUGUUGCAGCUCCCUGUAUGAUCUAGUUGUAGCAGAUAAAGACAUUUUAAAAGUGUUUUUAAAAAAACGUUCCACCUGUAAAGCACAUAUGAUAUUAUAAAUAUAGAUCGUAUGUUUAAAUAGAAUAUAUAAUAGAGCUGCUUACAUAAAUUAGCUAUGAAUUCAAAGUUUGUUUAUUGGCAUUUACUGCCUGUGUACAUAUAACAAAUACAGAUACAUCUAUACAAAACUUCAUUAUAAUCUAUGAUGGCAACUGUGUGAUUAAACGCUAAGAAAUGGACUUAAAUCAGUUACAACUACGUCAUAAUGAACGUGCCAUAUAUUGUUCACUUCAUAGUACAAGCUGAAUUUGGUUUGCAUUCAAAUCUGGUGUCAAUGUGUUUGGGAGGACUGUACUGUAGUACUGUAGUCACUGUGCAAAAGCCAACAGUUCAUUCCUUUAAAAUCCAAGUAUCACAAAUACAGUUCUAAGUAGAUCCACCUCGCACUGCUUUGAUCCAACUUAUUUUUCAGCAGGAUUGGUUCUAAACUUUGUCCCGUCGACUUCUAAUCCAGUACUAAUCACUGCUGUCAUUUGUUAAUGCAGAAUAGAAUUAUAUUUUUGUAAAUGACUGUACAAUUUUAUCAGUGUUGAAAGAGUGGGGCUUGAACUAACGUAGCAUUUUUCCACUUUGCAUCAAUCUUCAUGGUGUGCUUUUCAAAAUAAUCGCACACGUUAAAAAAACAACGAAACAACACAUUUUCAUACCACAAAAUUGCUCCAGCACCUAAUUAUGAUGUCAGUCAUUUUGAAAGUCAUCUCUUCUAUCGCUGCCAUAUGUGAUAUUCAAUACUUUAAAUAUUUUUAAAGAAGAUUUUUCCUAAAUUUUUCUUCAUUAAUGUUGAUUUUUCUUCUUCUUCUUCUUUGUUUCUAAUCUCUUUCUUGUACCGUGGCUCUGGGAGUUCAGGCCACUGCAGCCGUCAGUCAGACGAGCAUAGAUAGACAGAAAUUCAUUCAAGAAAGUUACACUUGUGCACACUUUUUUGGAGUCCCUGGCAAUAAUUAUCUCCCACCCAUCUUCAAAUAUUUGCUUUCAAUCUGUGCUACUUACAAUAUCUACAUCUCUGUGGUGCAUUUGGCUCAGUAAUAUAUGCAACGAUAUGCAUAAGUGUUCUGCUUCCUCGGUCUGCACAGUUUGAGCUUCUGUUUUUUUUUUUUUUUUUUAAUUGCAGUGUUUCGAGCUCUCAGGGCCACUUUAAGAACAUGAAGCACUGAGAUGUGUUGAGAAAUCAUCAGCACCUAAAACAGAUCAGCCCCCUCAGUGUAUCUCCGUUAGCAGAGGAUUCCUGCAGUGGAUGUACCGUACUUACAGUCUGGCUUGACAUUUUUGCAUCUGACACUCUUUUUUUCCAUGACUUGCUGAACUAUUUAUUUACACUCGGUAGUGAUAGUGAAGAAUGGCAGAAUGACCAAGUUUAAAUAUGGUAUACAUAUAGAUCAUUGUAUGUAUAUACAGUAUUGUGUUGCCUUAUUGAAGAAAUGUAUUAUGUUUUGUGUGAAUAAAUACAAAGUCUAACU